CCCGCGCCACGGCGAGCGGCGAGCGGCGAGCGGCGAGCGGCGAGCGGCGGGGUCCCGGCACGGGCCCGGGCCCGGGCCCGGGGGAGGCUCCCCUCGGUGUAGGAUCCAUGGCAGGAGCCAUGUGCAUCGGGAACCAGCUCAUUCUGGAAGAAGACUACAGUGAAUCCUAUGUUCCUAACGAGAAAGAAAUCCGGGAGUUUGCGCCGAUACUCGGGAUUGACCCCGACGCGGAGCCGGAGCUGCUGUGGCUGGCCAGGGAGUGCCUGAUGACCCCGCUGCCCCCGAAUUGGAAGGCCUGCCGAGAUAUCACUGGAGGUGGUGAACUCUAUUACUUCAACUUUGAAAAUGGCUGCUCCAUGUGGGAGCAUCCCUGUGAUGAGCACUACAGGCAGCUGGUCAUCCGGGAGCGGGAGAAGCUGCUGGCACGGGGCAGCUUGAAGAAGGAAAAGAAGGAGAAGAAGGAGAAGAAGCAGAAGAAGGAGAAGAAAGAGAAGAAGAAGGACAAGAAGGAGAAGCAUUUCCUGAAGCAGCUCCCUCCCCCAGGCUGCCAGCUGGCACCCAUCCAGCCUCCCCUGGGCACCCUCUCUCCUCUCCGUGGCCUCGCACCGUCUUCAUCCUUCGCUCUUCGUGGGUCCCUGAACCCGGACCUGGGGCGUGUGGUGGACUCCAGCCUCAUCCCCAAGGAAGGAGCUCUGCCUGCAGAGAUCUCGAAGCUCACCAGCCACACUGACAACCUGCUGGACUUGGUCUGUGAAGAGAAAAGUUCCUUGAAUGUAACAGUGCCAGAGAAAUGGAGAAACGAAGAGGAAGAAAGUGAAAAUGAGAGUUUCCGUGGGACAUCAAGGCUGUUAAAAAACGUGUACCUGGAUGUUGAAGCUCUGGGAGGCAGCUUUGACUCUGAGGAGAACAACAAGGAGGAGCAGGAGGACCGUGGCAGCCCAUCAGCUGGUGCUGCUGAUGCUGCUGAAGCUGCUCCCCAGCCCCAUGGGAGCCCUGAGGAGGAAGGUGCCAGCCUGGGAGAGAAGGAGUCUUUAAAAUCAAGACAUCCUGAAGAAGUGCCAGAGUCUUCCUUGGAUUCUGGUGCUGCGUGCCCUCCGUCUUCAGUUCAGAUCCUCCCCGGAGAUGCUGACAGCAGCCUGUCUGCCCAGAACAAGGAAGGGGAACUUGCUGGGGAUGAAGUAGUGGACAAGGAAGACGCUGAGGUGGAAGGAGAUGCCUCUGCAGCUGAGGAGUUGCCUCAGUCUGAGGGUGAAGGAAGCGCAGCAGGGACGGACGUGCCCGGCUCUCCUGGGCAGCCCGGAGCCGCCUCUCCGGCUGCGGAAGGGGCCGAGGCAGAUCAGCUGGUGAGCCUGGCUGCCACUGCUGACACUGUGUCCUGUGGAGAAAAGGUACUGGAUGAAGAGAGGGAAGAAGCAGCUGAUUCCAAAUCAGAGAACGGGCUGGAUGAUGGCAAACUUUCAAAGGCAUCCGGGGUCAGUGGCUGUGAGCAGGACUUGCCCAUCUCCAAGUGCUCCGACCAUGAGGUGGUUCAGCCUGUGGGCUUGGACUUCAAGAGCCUGCUUUCUAAGGAGGUUCUGCGUGUGGGGACUGCGUCUCCUGAUUUGGACAGCCCCGAGUGCAAGGCCCAGGAGCUGGGAGAAGAGGAGAAAGACCAAAGCAAAGCCAGUGCAGAGGAAGAGCAAAACAGAAGAGCAGAAGCUGCUGAGAGUGAGAGGGAUCUCUGUGCUUGUGAGACACCAGUGGAGCGUUUCGGGUUAGAAAAUCCCGAUGGGGCGGAGGCUGCAGAGCCGCAGGAGGGAGCCCUGGAUAGCCUGGUGGAUCCUGAGGAGCUUCCUGCCCCACAGAACACGCAACCUGAGAAGGAAAUUGAGCAGUCCUUGAAGCAGCCUAAUGAUGAAUCCCUGGAGGAAAUAGUCAAGGAGAUGGAGACAGAGCUGGAGCAAGAGGAAAUACAUUUAUUUCAAGCAAAGGAGGAGAAAAUUCAGCAAUUCCAGGGGGAGAUGAGGCAGAAGGAGGCGGAGGAGGAAGAAGCUGAAAAGCUUCCUCAGCAAAAAAAAAAGCCCCUCAGCACUCCAGAAGAAGAUUUGGCAAAAUCUGAGGAGGAAGAGAGAGAGUUGCUUGUCAGAGAGGGAAAAACCGAGAGACUCGAAAAGCUUCGAGCCCAAAUCGCCUCAGAGAUCAAGGCAGAGCAGGAGAGCAUGAGGGCAGAGCAGGAGGCCAUGCUGCAGAAGCUGAGGGAAGAGUGGGAAUCCCAGCAGCUGGUGGAGAAGGAGAGCCUGGAGAGGAGGCAGCAGCUUGCCUUGGAGGAAAUGAAGCUGGCAAUGGAGGAAGCGCGGCAGAAGGAGAUGAGCGAGUUGGAACAGGAGAAGGAGCAGUUCCUGAGUGAGCUCAGAGAGAGGUUGGACAGGGAGAAGAAGAAGGCAGCAGAGGAGCUGGAAGAACAGUUUGCCAGUGAUCUCCAGCAGCUGAGGUCUGCAGCAGAAGAGAAGCACCAUGAGGUCAUUUCCAGCCUGCAAGCCCAGCUGGCAGAGGCACAGAGCAGCCAGGAGGCCCAGCUGCGUGAGGAGCUGCAGAGAGCGGAUCAGAAAGUGCAGCAAAAAGCCCAUCAAGUGAAGGAAUACGAGCGUGAGCUCAGCGAGCUCAUGAGUGAGAAACGCCGGGAGGUGGAGAAAGAGCACGAGAGGAGAAUGGAGAGGAUGAGAGAGGAGCACCGGGAGGCCCUGGCGCGGAUCCAGGAGCAGUUUGAGGAGGAGGAGCGGAAGCAGAGGUCGGAGCUGCUGGAGGGGCUGCGGAGCGAGGCCGCGCGGCUGCGGCAGCGCCACGACGCCGAGCUGAAGGCGCUGCAGGCAGAGCUGGAGGGGAGGCUGACUGCCCUGCAGCAGAGGCACAGGGAGAAGGAAAGAAAGCUCCAGGAUUCAGAGAAUGAGCUUGAAAUCCGCGUGAAGAACAUCCAAGCCAGAUCACAGCAGCUCGUCAGCCAGGAGGAGUCCCUGCGGAGGAGAAGGCAGCAGCUGCUGGAUGAGGACGGACGGAUGCAGCUCGAAAGAGAUGAGGCUGCUCUGGCCUCUCAGCUGCGCAUGGAGGAGAGCAGGAAGGAGCAUUCCAGCCUCCUGGAGUCCAUCCGGCAGCUGCGGAAGACCCUGGAGGAGCUGCAGGACCAGAAGGCUGAGCUGGAGGCCCAGGUGGACUUGCUGCAGAGCCGGAGCCAGAGGCUGCAGAAACGCAUUGGUGAGCUGGAGGAAGCAAUCAGGAGCAAGCAGGAGGCUCUGAAAGAACUGGAGGCAGAAGAAAGUGUGGAAUCUCCAAGAAAGAAAGCUGAGCUCCGUGUUGAAGACCUGAGAGAAACUCCUCAAGCUCACUCGUCCAGAGAGCCUUCCCCAGCCUCUCAGAGCCCCGAGGAAAGCGACUUCCACUUUGAACGUGUCCGGAGCUACAUCUCCGCGGAAGGGACGGCCCUGAGGAACGCCAAGGAAUUCCUGCUGCGCCAGACGCGCUCCCUGCGGAAGCGGCGCUCGGCGCUGAGGGCUGCGAGCCUGCAGUGGCGCCAGGACCUGUGCAAGGCGCAGGAGGCCCUGCAGGACCCCGACAGCUCCCAGCUCCUGGAGGGAAUGCGCCGCAACCUGGAGGAGGAGGCAAAGCAGUUGGACAGGAUGAAGUCGGCCAUGCAGAAAGGACAGGUGCUGCUGAAGAAGAAGGAGGAGAAGCUCAGCCAGCUGGAGUCUUCGCUGCUGGAGGAGCUCUCAGAUGAAGAUACGCUGAAGAGUUCUGCAUGUAAGAAGGUGGUGACUUUUGAUCUGAGCACCUCUGAGGAUACAAACAGCACGUCCAGUGGGAAUCUGGGCCAGUCUAAAUCUGACUUGGGAACGGAUUUCUGGCCCGUCCUCCAGAAGGACAAGAUCCAGCACCUGAGAGACUCCGUGCAGAGUAUCACCAGUGAGCUGAACGGGGUCCUGGGCGUGCUGGACUCCCUGAGCCAUCACCAGACUCCUCUGUUCACCUCCACAGCCCGCGAGGGCAUCGCUCUUCCCACGUACUGCUCCAGCGGAGGCCUGCGUGGGGGCACCUCCCUGGGGAACCCCCCCAGGGUGUCUCCCCUGGACCAGUGGGCCUGGAGCAGAAGCGGGCUCAGCUCCAGUUAUUCCAUCUCAGGGCAGUCAGUGGAUAACAUGCUGACAGAGAAGUGGCACAAGUAUUUCCCAGGUGGGUUCUCGUCACUCGGUGGGAGUCCUGUGCCCCUGGACAGCAAGCUGGGAUAUGUCUCUGCAGAUGAACAAGUCCGGCUCUUCCAGCAUUCCAAGUUCCGUGAGCCAGAGAAGAGGAGUAUUGAGGGGAUGAUUGAGAGCAACAAGAAAUGGCUGGAAGGCUUCAAGAAGGAUUCCAAAGCACCUCUUUCCCUGCAGUCGCAGAAGUGCCCAGGCAGCAGCCCCAGCCUCCUCCAGCUGGGACUGGAUGAAAACAGAGAGAUCAAGGUGUACCACUACUGAAAGGUGGGAUUUUUCUCUGCAGGGAUGGUGGGGGGACCUGUGCAGUCUCCCCAUGAUGGGCUGGGCUUUGGUGAUGCCCACCCAGGCACCUCCACUGUGUCUGUGUGCCAUGUCCUUGAAACUGAGUGUUUUUGCAAGAGAGUGGAGGAAGGAGGAAGAGAACUUCCCAGGCGGAUUCUUCUAAUCCUGUAAUGUGUCCAAAUAUACUUUAUAGACUGUUUAAUCCAGCGGUGACAUAUCAGGGCUUCAAUAAAUCAACAUUUCCCUCAUUAGUAUUCCAGCGAUGGCGAGGCAGAGCUGUGAAUCACAGAGGACUUUGAGUAACUGGUCAAGGGGGAGGAUGUGAAUCCAGCUGAGGCUCUGCUGGAGGAAAUGUGUCAGGAAAUGAGCCUGCCCUGAUGCCCAGCAAAUGCUCGGUGGCAGGUGGGCCAUGUCAGGUGGCCUCUGGCAUGUGGGAGCAGCGGAAUGGCUGCGGAGUCUGGGGAUAAAAUCAGGGAAUGACACGUUCUGGCUCUUCGGGAAUGUUCUGCUUGUUUGGGGUGGAAGCAAUGGGAACUGAGCCAAGAGUGGUAGAUCUGGAUGAGCUCUCCCUGCUCCUCUCACGCCAGGCUGGCCAGAGCUGUGCAGCAGAGCAGCUGCUGGAGCUCUGCUCCUGUGUCACAGAUGCGCUGAUGGCAGCGGGAGCAGGGAUGGCAGGAGAGCACGGGGAGUGGCUGCUGGUGCAGGCACAGCUGAGGAGCUCCUGUGAAUGCUGAGACAGCCCCACCUGCGUCCUCCCAUGCCCUGGGGAGAGGGAUCCAGAGCUCGGAUCAGCAGCUGGGAUCUCUUUCCAUGCAUGGGGCUGGGGAGCCCUGCCAUAAAUCCUGGAGCCUGGUCUUGCUGCUCCUGCAGCAGCUCUGCAGUAAUCCUGGGAGAGCAGGGAUGUGGGAAGACUGGAGAGUGGCUGAGGAGUUGGCAUGAGCAGCUCCUGGACCUCAGCUGUGACCCAGUGGCUCGUGGCUGUGCUCAUUGGGUGCUGUGAUAUUCCUAUGGAAAGGCUGUAUCCAGAGGGUAUCCCAGCCCGCGGGGAUGCUUGGAAUUGGAAGGGGUGACGCUCUACCCAGCGGGGAGGAGUCAGGCUUUCGUGGGAACCUGGUAUUUGGUUGUCUUUGUCAGUAUUUCCUCCGAGCUGACUCUAAAUAUUUUAUGCUUUAAAAAGCUGCCGAGCCACUCGCCCGUUCUGGCUGACGAGGACGCUGCACUUCAAGGGAGCCCAUCUGUGAGAAACCAUCUUCAAAGCCUUUCUCCUGAGACAGCUGGUGGGGGGAGGCUCUGAAGCUGCUGCCCCACACCCCCUGUGCUGCGUGAGCCCCUCGGGUGGGUGAGGAUGGGCAGUGGGGGAGGCAGAGCCCCCCUGCUCUGCUCCCCGGGUGCUGUGUGCUGGCACACACCGUGAGCCUGGCACGGGGAUAUUUACGUGCAAAUAGAGAUAUAUUUUUGAUGAACAUCAUUUUAAAACUCUUAAGAAUGUAUGUUUUUUGUUUUUUUUUUUUUUUUUCCUUGCUGAUUUUUCUUAGAAUUUUUGUAAUUAUUCAACCAGCCUUAUUCCUUCCUAGGAAAGAAGGGAUCAAAACACGGGUAUCCCAUCUGCUGUUGGAUUGCACAAACCCCUUCCUGUAGGGAUUUUGCUUUUAGUUUGCUGGAUAUUCAGGGGACACAUGGCAGUCCUUCCAGUCAGGGGUUUUAGAAGGGACCCUGCAGUUGUGGCUUGCUGUGGCCAAAGCCAUAUCACUGAGUCCGUUCUGUGUUUUGGGAGAAGCAUGGAUUAGUGGUGCAGAGAAAUGCCAGUUUUUUUUACAAUAACUGGGUUUGAAACGUGCUCCUUUUUCCUGUUAAAACCUGGGAUAGCAGCUGUGUCUGGUUUUGUAUAAAUUAAAUCAACAUGAGCCUGUUUUGUA